UCAGUCUGUCCCGCCCCUCUGCUGGCUACUUCACACCUGCGAAGCCAGCCGACGAAAAUAUCUGGCCGCUAUCCUCCUCCACGAACGAUGGCAGUCGCCCAGGCCGCAGCGGUCGCCGCGCCAGUGGUGGCUGCGGCGUCCGCGCACGCCGCCGCCUGCCUUUCCACCGCGUGCCGCCGGGGCACCUCGCGCUGGGCAUUGCCGUCCCGGGCGCCGGGCGGGACGACGGGCGGGUUCAGGUGGCUACGGCGGCGCGCGCAGACAAGGGCACGGGCGCGGCGCGCGGCGGGGGCCACCGGCCGCGGCCGCGGCCCAGUGAUCUUACGGGCCGAGUUCGGCGGGACGUACGAGGACGGAUUCGAGGACGUGCACAAGGUACCGUGCGCAUCACUGGCAGCUCCAACGUGCCAAGCUCUGGUUGUGCAUCACAAGCCUUUCUCAGUAAUUGAACAAGCGGAGCAAAGCAUGCAGCCCCUGAACAACUGGAGAAUGAGGCAGAGAGAUGGUAUGGAGUGAUUCGAGCUCGGUUUGAUCUGCUCAAGUGAUUCAGCUGACAAAAGGAUGUCAAUGAGAGACGUUGUCGUGACACUGAAGAAGAUAAGAAGGGAUUACGUGAAGUUGACAUCGGCAACACCGCAGGGAGUUGCUCAAUGAUUAGCAGUUGCCCUUUGCAUACGUCUUUCUGUUUGCUUCUUCAGUGCAAGAGCAUGAUCAGCUCUCUCUCUCUCUCUCUCUCUCUCUCUCUCUCUCUCUCUCUCUCUCUCUCUCUCUCUCUCUCUCUCUCUUAAUCUUUUUCACCAGUUAGUUGUCUCUUUGACCUUUGCUAUGCUUCCUAUGACUUCUGAAUGAUUACUUUCAUAUGUGUAAAAUGUAAUGUUAUGCACAUUGAAAUGAAGAGCUUGGUGCAAGAGCGAUGUAUUCGGUCACGGAACCAUGCUCCUAGAAGUCUUCACUGGAAGGAGACCCACAGGUCCUAUGUUCGUUUGGGAGAUGAGCAUCAGGCAGUGGGUUCAUCAAGCAUUGCGAACUGAACUUGCCUCUGUUCUGGAGUCUGGACAAGCAGCUACAGCAAGAUGCUUCCUCCUCUGCCUGCAAUCUGAACGAGUUUCUUUAUUUCAGCAAUAUUUGAGGUGGGUUUGCUCUGUUCAAGUGACUCACCUGACCAAAGGAUGUCGAUGAGCGACGUGGUGGUGAUACUGAAGAAGAUAACAAAGUAGAGUUCACACCAAAUCGGCCUCAGCAACAAUGCAGGAAGUUACUAAUUGUAUCUGUUGUGUUCACGCCUGCAACAGAAAGAAGAGCAGCAUCAGCUAUCUUUCAAUAUUUAUUUUUUCAUUAGUCGCAUGAUCAAUUGGCAUGUGCUUUUUGUUAUUUCUGACGGUACUUGGAAUCAACGAUUCAAAACUUUGGUUACAAUUUUUUUAUGUGCUA